CCCAUUUAUUUUUACUUUUUGUUGAUUCACAAAGUGGGUAAUUUUUUCGAUUAACCAAUUACGAUAAUCAUGAAUUUUGAAUAUGAUUACUUGUUCAAACUGUUGCUAAUUGGAGAUUCUGGUGUUGGCAAGUCAUGUCUUCUAUUGAGGUUUGCUGAUGAUGCCUAUCUAGAGAGUUAUAUCAGCACCAUUGGAGUAGACUUUAAAAUACGAACGGUUGAACAAGAUGGGAAGAGUGUUAAGCUCCAAAUUUGGGACACUGCAGGGCAAGAACGUUUUAGAACUAUCACAAGCAGCUACUACCGAGGUGCUCAUGGGAUCAUUGUUGUUUAUGACGUAACAGACCAAGAAAGUUUUGACAAUGUGAAACAAUGGCUAAAUGAGAUUGAUCGUUAUGCAAGUCAUAGCGUAAACAAACUUCUAGUUGGAAACAAAUGUGACUUGACUGCCAACAAAGUCGUCUCUUAUGAGACGGGUAAGGCAUUUGCAGAUGAAAUAGGCAUCGCCUUCUUGGAAACCAGCGCCAAAAGUGCCACCAAUGUCGAACAAGCUUUCAUGGCUAUGACCGGUGCAAUCAAGAAUAGAAUGGCUAGCCAACCUGCUCUGAAUGCACGAGCACCGACAGUUCAACUAAAAGGACAACCAUUGAAUCAGAAGGCAGGCUGUUGUUCAUCGUGAACAGAACACUAAAGGAA